AUGAUUUCACAACUCAUCUGGGCAUUGCUGUUACAUCAAGUAGCCUACGCUGCACCGACUGCAGCUGAUUUGUCGAGGAUCGUCAAUGGCACGGAUGCUUCCAUCAAUGAUUAUCCUUUCAUGGUAUCUUUGCGGGGCAGCACUGGCCGUCAUUCCUGUGGUGGAAGUAUUCUCAACGAAAACUGGAUUCUGACAGCUGCACAUUGCGUCAACUACUACACAACUCCUCUGUUGCAGUCGGUUCAGGUUGGCAGAACGAAUGUUUCAUCAGAAAUCGACGAGUCCGUUUAUUGGAUAGACGAUGUAAUCAUUCAUCCGUUUUACGAUUCGUCUAAAAGUAACAUCUUCGACGUGGCGUUGCUGAAACUGAAGAAAUCGUUGGUUUUUGGCGAUACUAUCAAGCGGGUCCAGCUUCCGAAGGACAAGUAUCAGGAAUUGGAUGAAUCCGAUUUAGCCGUAACCCUUAUCGGAUGGGGACGGAACGCAACGGAAGGAGUUGCUCAUACCACCCUGCAGAAAGUGAACUACUUUGUGGUACCAAAUGAAAAGUGCAACAAUUUGCAUGACAAUCACAUCUAUCCGAACCUGAUAUGUGCUGGCAUUCCAGAAGGAGGAAAAGGGCAAUGCAAUGGAGAUUCGGGCGGCCCAUUGCUACAUAAGGGAGUUCAAGUCGGCAUCGUGUCAUGGAGUAAAAAGCCCUGCACUAUCGCACCUUAUCCGGGCGUACUAACCAAAGUGUCAUAUAUCAUUGAUUUCAUCAAUGAAAAUGCAUACGUGUGAAAGGCAGAUGCGAUUGUUUUGCUGUCAUAUCUGAAUUAAGUUCUUAUCAUUCCACGAGAAGCCGUUUAUUUGAACUAGCGAUAACCCAACUUCAUUUAUUACGUUCGGAUUGAAAUCUUCAGACGUCAAAUCGAAGAAAACGAUGUAUUUACAAAUGAAAUCUAUCAAGAACAGUAUUAUCAAAACUAUUGUAAAUUUUGCCUCGUAUAGAAAGAUUUUUUUGUAUACUUUUGCUAGUGCUCGCGUUGAGAAGUGCUGAUC